UCUUGUGUCUGGUUAGCCACUGUGUUUCUUGUUGAUGAUCAAUACCUUCCUGAGAGAAAAUAGAUGCUCGUCCGCAACUCGGAAGGCAUUGCGUGUUCCAACAAGUUCAAGGGCCUGGCUAUCUAAGACCUAUAGUACUAUGCGAGAAGAUAACAGUUUUUCCACUGGAUGUGGUAGCGACUUAAUCCAGAAAUCUGCUUCCACAUGUGACGACGAGAAAUGCUCCUCCAGAAAUGUGGAGUACACCCCGGAAAUAGAAAAGAAGUAUGUUCACCGUGUUUAUGACGCUAUAGCUCCUCAUUUCAGUUCCACUCGAUUUGCUAAGUGGCCAAAGGUUGCCACCUUUCUAAAAACUCUGCCUCCAGGAUCGCUCAUCUUGGAUGCAGGUUGUGGAAAUGGGAAGUACUUGGGCUUGAAUCCCGAUUGCUAUUUCAUUGGAUGCGAUAUAAGUGCUCCCCUGAUCAAAAUAUGUGCAGAUAGAGAGCAUGAGGUUCUGGUUGCGGAUGCUGUCAAUCUUCCUUACAGAACUUGUUUCGGGGAUGCUGCAAUCUCAAUAGCCGUGUUGCAUCACUUGAGUACGGAGAAUAGGAGGAAAAGAGCGAUUGAAGAGUUAGUUCGUGUCGUGAAAAAGGGCGGACUGGUUCUGAUAACUGUUUGGGCUGUAGAACAGGAAGAUAGAUCAUUGCUUACCAAGUGGACUCCUCUAGCACCGAAAUAUGUGGAAGAAUGGGUAGGACCAGGAAGUCCCCGAGUUCGCAGCCCUUCAUCUUUGAUGUUGGAAAGCAUCCCAGAGACAGAUGACAGUUCCGUACAGAGCAUGAGGGAAGUUACAGUUAAUAUAGCUGCGGAGCCAGAGAAGACUCAGAAUUUAAAUCAUUGUGGAGAGGAUGAGGCAUUGGCAUCGAGACAAGAAAAGAAUAUCAAGGAUCAACAGGAAUACUUUGUACCUUGGCACUUACCCUAUCAUCGUGCUGAAGUCAGUGGAGCUUCCAUGACUGCUCUUGCAAGUGGUUUGGCAAAAAAGGAUGAUAAGAAGGGUGCCGUAGUGUAUAAUAGAUAUUACCAUGUCUUUGGUGAGGGUGAGCUUGAGAGGUUGGUAUCUGGCAUGGACAACAUCAUAGUUGUUGAUCGUUUUUAUGACAAAUCAAACUGGUGUAUUAUUCUCGAGAAGACAUGCUGACACAAUCAGGUGUGGAGAUCAUGGAUCUAUUGCGGUGGGAACUGGUACAUUCUCAUGCUGAUGCCAAAGCCUGCAAGUUAUGUGCCUGAGCACAAUAUAUGUUUUGAGUAUGAAUUUUCAGAGAAUCAUUCAUUCCAUAAACGAGUGGACAAGGGUAUGAUUGAGGCCGAGUUUUCACUUUUUGGCCAAAAUUUUGUGGGUUUUCACUGUUAGUGUAGAUUGCCGGCAUGAAACGGUCGGAAAUGCCAAGAUGGCAUGAAGCAACUGAUCACUAUGGUCUGCAACUCACUGUACUCAUGAUGUGCUUAUCUGUUCUAUAGCUGCCAUUUUGAUUCUUUGUA